AUGACGUCCUUCGCAGAUAAACUUGGCUCAGUGGUCACCUCUACAUAUGUUGGUUUCGCAUUGUCUUUAUGCAAAGAUGUGGGUAUACUGGAGGUUCUCAUGGAUGCUGAGAUGCCCCUGACAUCGCAAGAGAUCGCUGACAAGAAGGACUUGAAGGAAAGAUACGUGAGAGAGCUGUUGGGCAGUCUGGCUACAGCAGAAGUGGUCCAUGUGUCCAAGAAUGAAUCGGGAGCUCUAGUGUAUCAUCUUGACGAGGAUGAAAAAGCUUUACUGAAAACGCUAAUGAUGGCUUUGAUUUCCGGACCAUCAGUUAUGAGUCCACAGUUUGACACAGUUAAGUCUUGCCUGCCCAGCAAAGGACCGACCGGAGGCAAGUUCACAAAUCGAACCCACGAUUAUAUUGAGGAAUUCACCACUAAUUUGUUAAACCAAUACGUGGAGGCGGUUCUUAAACAUGUGCCUGGACUGAAAGAAAAGCUGGAAAGGGGCAUUGAAGUCCUUGAAGUUGGAUGCGGAAGAGGGCGUUUGCUAGCCAAGUUUGCUCUGAUGUUUCCAAAGAGUACCUUUACAGCAUCGGACUACGCCGACUUUCUUUUGGAUCAGCUGAAAACUAAUCUUGGCCAUAUCCCCAACAUAAAAUAUGCUUUGAUUGAUGUUUGCUGCCCUAGAAAUCUCCCUAAGAAGAAGUAUGACUGGGUUUACUGUGCCAAUACCAUUCACGAUGUGCCCAAUCCACCAGAAGCUCUGAAGAACAUUAAAAAGCUGCUGAAAGCUCCAGAUGACACAUUCACAAUGUUUGAAAUUGCCACUUCAGGUAGCCCAAUGGCGGACAAGGGGAACCAACUUGUUGCUUGUCUGUAUGCAAUUAGUUCAUUCAUGUGUGUUCCGGAAAGCUAUACCAACAAAGACAGCUAUGCUAUGGGUAUGUGUUUCGGAAACAAAGAGCAGUUGACUUGCUGA